AUGAAAGUCUUCCACAUCCAGCAGAGUGAGAAGAGCUUCUUGCAAACAAGCACAGAGAUGGAACAUCUGCACUAGAGGCGGCACACAUAAUCCACAUCAACACAUAUUCAGCCAUUUCCUAUCUCAAGACAGUGUCAGAGAUGGGAAAGGCCUGCCUGCUUCUGUUACUUCUGAAGACAUGUGGAAUUCACACAGAGGAGGAAACAAGGAGCCAUCAUAGCGGGGACCCUCAGUGGGAAAGAAACAACUCUCAGUUCCCAAGUGAAGUUUGGAAGCAAUGCCUACCCCAAAGUAUAAUUAUAGGGGUACGGAAAGGAGGCACAAGAGCCCUACUGGAAAUGCUGAGUCUGCACCCUCAGGUGGCAGCUGCUGAUUCAGAAAUGCAUUUCUUUAACCUAGAUGAAAAUUACAACAAGGGGUUGGGUUGGUACAGGCAACAGAUGCCGAUUUCACACUCUGGGCAAAUCACUAUAGAAAAGACGCCAGGCUAUUUCUCUUCCUUCAAGGCCCCAGAAAGGAUCCAUGCGAUGGACAGCUCUGUGAAGCUCCUGCUUAUUGUCCGGGACCCUGUAGAAAGGCUGGUUUCAGACUACACUCAGAUCCUCCACAACCGCAAGGCACAGCACAAGCCCUACCAGUCUUUGGAACAGAUCCUCUUGAAGAACGGCCGAGAACUCAACACCAAGUAUAAGGCCAUGCAGCGUAGCCUCUAUGCUGUGUACCUGGCUCGAUGGUUAGAAUUCUUUCCCAGGACCCAGAUUCAUAUAGUGGAUGGAGGUGGCCUGAUCCGGGAGCCACUCUCAGAAAUGAGCCAAGUAGAGCAUUUCUUAGGAUUGGAGCCUUACCUAGGCCCAGACAACUUUUAUUUCAACCAAACUAAGGGCUUCUACUGCCUGCAGGCCAGAGGGCAUCAGCACUGCCUGGACCAAUCCAAAGGGCGACCUCAUCCUAUUAUAGAUGAACUACUGCUGGAACAACUCUGCACAUACUUCAGUGAGCAUAAUGAGAACUUCUUUGCCAUGGUGGGACGGACCUUCAACUGGUGCUGAGCCCUGCCUUGAAGCUUGAUGAGAUCUUAAGAUAGGGACUGAUACAGGAUGUAGAGUAAGGCCUCUCUGGACAAAGCUUUAUAUGGUAGAGGUUUAUUCCCCUUGCUUUCCAAUUAACUGGAAAUGGACCACUACCAUGGAGAAGAAAUUCAGUGGUCUCUGAGUUGCAAGAAAAACAGCACAACAGGAAAUAGCUUAUACACUAGAGACUUUAU